UGUUUUAUUGUUUUUUGUGUGAUUCCUCUAAAUCCAGAUUUUGACAUAAAUCUGACAUAUGAUUGGUAUAAUUUGUUACCGUAUAACCCAAUACUGUCACAUUAGUCCAUAAUCAAUUAGGCUGUGGUACACAGUGGAGACCUUCUGCGGAACUAGCCCGAAGCUAACAUUAGCACUCACUUAGCUUUGAUCUUUGCUGCAAUAAAGUCACGUGAGAGCGCGUUCGAGCACACUAAAUGAAGUUCUACCUGAUCAUCCUCGUAGAAGAGUUUUGCAGGGAUUUCUUUGCGUAUGAUUUUGCCAAAUAUUGUGUCUCCGCCAGGUUGGGCCACCUGCGCUUUCGCAGUUUCAUCAGCCAUGUUGGUGCAGACGCACACUCGUCACUCGGCGGUGUCAACUUCACGGAGGAGCACGCAGAAAGCCGAUUGGCUGCUGGCAAACGUAAUCGCAACGUCUGCUCUGAUUGGUGAAUGACACAUCCAAACCGGAAGUAUGCUCAAAAAGUCAAGAUGGGAACUCGCGUGAAGGUUUUGAGUGUAUUUAAAUCGCUGCACAGAACAAGGAUGGCUGUGUUCAAAGAUGACGAGAGAGCACUGGCAGCUGCAAAAUCGAAAAUCAACGAGGAGUUCCGUAAAAAUAAACAUGAAUCGUCAGAAGAAAACAUUGAGAAGAUGAUCAAAAUGGGUUCAGAUGUGGAAACAGUCCUACGAGAGGGCGUGGUUCAAAUGGAGCACGUCGGCAACACACGACUCCUGCUUCGAGCCAGAGAAGGUCUUCUACUGGAGAAUGUGCCGUAUUGUGAUCAGCCCAGGAAAAACUCAUGACAGAUCAUCUGAUGACAUAAGAAGGAAAGAGACUCAUGGCUAAAGACUUGUGAUCAUCCCGUCACGCAUAUUUCAUUUAGAUAAAAAUCUGCCAAACGAGAUCAUGGCUACUACGUGGAUGAAGCUCUUUUUGAUGGAAACGUCGGAUGUGCUUUAAAGUUUAUAUCAAAGUUUCGUGUCUACUGUGUAAUUAA